CUUGUUGACUUGGAGCGCAUUUUCGAAUUUGAACUCCGAGUACGACGUUAAGUAUUGCAGAUGUUUUCGUUGUUUAUAGAAAAAGGUGUAUGGAUUUUGAUAUUUCAGUAAAGAGCAAUAAAAAUGGAAGUUGACAUUAAAAUAAGUAGCAGCAGUUUACACAGUUUCAUGGAAUGUGAAGGAUCGAAGAUGUGCACUAAUGAUACAAGAAUUUCUGCAGAAGAAAUGGACGAAGUUCGGAAAAACAAUCUGGCAUACGAGUACCUCUGUCAUCUGAAAGAAGCAAAAAUGUGGCUGGAAGUUAUGUUGCAGGAGCCAUUACCAUCACCUACAUUGCUUGAGGAGGGUUUACGGAAUGGAGUUUACUUAGCUAAGUUGGGUAAUGUUGUAGCACCAAAGGUAGUCCCCAAGAACAAAAUAUAUGAUGCAGAGCAAAGGCGUUACAAAGUAGCUGGAUUGCAGUUUCGCCAUACUGACAAUAUUAACUAUUGGCUCAAAUCCCUUGAAUAUUUGGAACUACCAAAGACAUUCCAUCCUGAAACUACAGAUAUAUAUGAUAAGAAGAACAUGCCAAGAGUGAUUUACUGUGUGCAUGCUCUCAGUACCCAUCUUUUUAAAUCAGGGAAAGCACCUCUUGUGCAAGAUCUAUAUGGGAAAGCAGAAUUCACAGCGGAAGAGAUUGGUGCAGUGAGGCGUGACCUGGAAGAGUAUGGCAAUCCCUUGCCAGCAUUUCAGAGGAUUGGAGGGCUUCUUGCAAAGGAAGCAGGACAAGAUCAUGAAUCUGUAGAGAUUGCCAUUGCAGAUCUGAACAGAGCUAUAGACAAUGUGGACCCUGUUACUCUUCAGGCAGCAUUGCAGAAUCCCAGUCUGGGACUACAGUUCAUUGAAAAAUCAUUAAUGGAAGGAUAUGGACUGGCACUUGUGAAAGCAAAGGAGAGGAAGACUGAGGUUAUGCUAAACCGAUCACAGAAUGAUAGUUCCACAGCUGAAGACUAUAGUGAUGAGCUUACACUGCCUGAAAUUCAAGGUUACAUCAAUGCUGUAAAUGUGUGCUGGCUUUGGCAACAGGCUUUAGGUGCAGCCCAUGAAGGUGAUGUGGAGUUACUGAUGACUGUUCUAUGUCACAAAUACCUUAAACUGGAGGCUAUUAAUGAUAGGUUCUGCGCUCUGUAUUUGGAAGAAAUUAGAUUAUUGUGGGAGAAGCACCAAGACAAGGCCAAUGAUAUGCGAACAAUACUGGAUGAUUUUAGUUGUCAAAUUGCAAAGGAGCUGCAGGAGGCUAUUAUCAGAGCCAAUGAAAAUGGGUACCGCUCUCUGCAAAUUACAGCAGCCAUAACUUCAAUAAACGAAGCUCUGGCAGCAAAUAAUGUUCAGCAGCUACUUACAUCUCUUAAAACAUUGUCUCUAAAAGAAGUAAAGCAUGCAGCAGCACCCCUUUACCUUGAAGAGAUGUGUGCAGAUCGUAUUCAGUGCCAGAGAGAUUUGACACUGGAAGAGAUCACUGCAAGUGUACGUGUCCUUUCAAAUAUAGCAGCAAUCACUGAGAGUGUAGAUGCAGGAGAUGCUGAGCAGACAUGGUCAGCGAUAUCCCAACCUCAACUGCAUUUUUCUAACCUUGAUCAAGGGUUGUGUGUUAAAUAUUGGCAAGUAUUGAAAGCAAAACGCACAUACAAACUGGCAAAGAAAAUGCCUUGUCCAUUGCUGACUUACUUUGAUAUUCAAGAUUGCAUAGAUAUUGUUCACCAGCAAAGUGAAGACAGCAAUCAGAUGAUUAUGUGUCUUCACAAUCUGAACCAAGCACUGGAGAAUGAAAAUGAUGAAGCACUCAUAAGAAUUUUGCAGGAUCCAGUUCUAAAAUUUGACAUUACUCCAGACCAUGCAGUUGUUUAUGUCCAUUUUCUUAAGGGUAAACGGCAGAAGAAGGGUUCAGAGCUUUGGCUGGAAGAUGCUGAGGACGCAAUCAGUGCUGCUAAUGAUGAAAUUAAGUCUGUUGUUCAAUUAUGCCAUUGGUUGUUGGAGAUGAAUUCUGCUGUACGACGAGGUGAUGCUAAUACAGCAUCUAGUCUUUUAGCAAAAUCAGGCUUGGACACAGAUGCAAGCAUUAUUUUGAGAAACAAUCAUGCUUUUGAAAGGCUUCGGGAUCUUGGUUUCAGAAAGUCCCUGAAGACUCUGUCACCCUGGGUGGAGCAUGUCACACACAGUGGCCACAGUGUCUUUCUCAAUCUUGAUAAGAAGCAGAUUACAUGGCAACCACCAACCGAAGAAUAUCAGAAAUGUUGCUACCUCACAGUACAGGAUAUACAGGGUGUGCUUGGCCUACACAGACGACAGCCAAGUGUUGAGUCCAUAGUACGUCUGCAAGCACACUGCAGAGGAUGGCUUGUUCGUCAAAAGAUCUCAAGAACAAAACUUGUCAAAUAUGUAGUGAAGAUCCAGGCUUGGUGGCGAGGAAUACUGGCACGCCGCCUUUAUUGUCAAUUGAAAAAGCAUCAGUGUGUUAAAGACCCAUUGGAAUUCUAUCGUGAGCAUGAGAAACUUGUGGUGAAAAUCCAAGCAUUUUGGCGUGGUUGUCUUGCUCGUCGGGCGUUUUUGUCUCUUGCUCAUGAGGCACAGCCAUCAUUUUGUGCAGUUCGUCAUUUUGCAAAGUUACUGAAGGAUGGCGUAGAUGACUAUGAACAAGAGCUACUGAUGCAGAACUUGAAGGAACAGAUAGGAAAAACAAUACGACAUAAUGAGAAUCUCUCGCAGCAGCUGGAUGCAAUGGAUUUGAAAAUAGGUCUACUAGUACGCAACAGAAUCUCAUUACAGGAUGUAGCAGCCCAUGGUUCACGACUACGAGCCACUGCUGCAUCAGCUGGUCAAGUGAUGGAUGGAAAAUUAAGUCGAAGUGGUCAGCAUAUUGUAGAAUAUUACCGAAAGCUAUUUUACCUUUUACAAACAGAACCUCAUUACUUGGCUCGCUUAUUACCUUGCUUACCACGCUCAAAGACAACAGCAUUUCUCCGCACUGUGGUUCUUGCUAUUUUCAAUUUUGGUUCGGGAUCACGAGAGGAUUACUUACUGCUUCGACUUUUUGCUGCUGCUCUGCAAGAAGAGAUAAGGAGCAAAAUAAGCAGUCCAAUGGAUGUUGUUACAGAUAAACCAUUGGUUCUAAGCCUUGUUGUCAGUUAUGCACGUCAAGUUUCGGGGCAGAAUCCUCUCAAGGAAAUGGUUGGAGCACUUGUGGAGAAGGUUAUCAAUAACAACAAUCUUUCCAUGGACACAAAUCCUGUUGAUAUAUAUAAAUUCUGGCGCAAUCACCAAGAGACUGUAUCAGGACAGAUUUCGGAGCUUCCAGCAUCAGUAAAUCCUGAACAGGCCUUGAAUCACCUGGAGGUUAAACACUCCUUAGAGCAAAAUGUUUCUGCUCUGCGGCAUUGGACAUUGGCUUUUCUGGAACGCAUCACAAAUUGUCGAGAUAUGAUACCAUAUGGUGUGCUGUAUGUAGCAAAAGUGCUGCAUGACUCUCUUGCAGAAAAAUUCCCACAGGCACCAGAAAAAGAUCUCCUGAAGGUUGUGGGUAAUUUUAUCUACUAUCACUACAUAAAUUCAGCUAUUGUCGCUCCUGACACAAUGGACAUGGUGGGAGGCAGAAGCCUUUCAUAUGAACAGCGCCGCAAUCUUGCCAGCAUCGCAAGAAUUCUCCAGUUUGCUGCCACAAAGCAGGGAUUUGGUGAGGAAGCAAGUUAUCUCAUGUGCUUGAAUUCCUUCAUUAUUGAAUGCCAUGAAAAGUUCAAGAAUUUUUUUCGUCACUGCUGUCAAGUUGAGGAACUGGAAGAUCACUUUAAUGUUCAUCGUUACACAGAGGCAACACUCAUUGCAAGACCUGUUAUUAACAUCUCUCUUCAGGAAAUGUGUGACACACAUGAGCUGUUAGUAAAAUAUUUGUCUCAGAUUGCACCUGAUCCUAUGGACCCAUUAUGUGAACUACUGGAGGAAAUGGGUCCAGUGCCUUCCCCUGAAUCUCUUAUUGGUUCAUCAUGUGAAUCUGCCUUGUGCCAGAAAGGCAUGUGCCUGGAACUCGUAAACCACUGUGAGCUUCUGGAUGAUGAUUCUGAAAUCAGCAAACUAUUUGUCAGUGCGAAGGAGUUAUUGCUGCAGCUGUUACCACAAAUGGAAGGAGCCAGUUUGUUAGAAGCUCUGUCAUGCAAGUGCACUGGUCAAUCUGAAGAUAAUGAAUUACAAAGACUCUCUCAACUUCUAGCGCAGCUUGAAUUAGCAGGCUUGGUAACACAUACUGAUGGUUUUCAGCAGCUUGUAACUGCAGUUGCGUCUGACAUAUGUCGCCGUGGUCGGAGAAGACAGCUCCUGAGAAAGGAAAUCCAAAUGCUGAGAAGCACCAAACAGAGUCUGGAGAAGAAAACACAAUUUUUUGAAGAGCAAAUCAGCUACUACAGUGAAUAUAUUCAAAAAUGUCUGGAGAAUCUGAAUGCAGGUAAAAGAAAAGUGCACAUCCCGAGAAGUGAGCCUGGAGAGAAACAUUCAAAAGCAAGUAGGAAGCUUAAACUGCGUUAUAGUGCUGCUCGUCUACAUGAGAAAGGAAUACUGCUUGAAGUUGACGGACUACCAGCUGCUCAGUUUCGUAAUCUACAGUUUGAAAUAAGCCCGUCUGAAACGCCUGGCAUAUUUAUUGUCUCCGCAAAGUUCAUGGGAGUUGACAUGGAGAAGGUGGAUAUUGAUAUGCAGAAUUUACUGCAGCUUCAGUAUGAGGGCGCAGCUGUUAUGGAUCUAUUUGGCAAGGCAAAACUGAAUGUUAAUCUCCUAUUAUUUCUGCUUAAUAGAAAAUUUUACAGCAAAUCAUAAUUCACAUAAGUUACAUCAUUUCCACAAUGAGAUCAUCACCUAAAUCCCCAUUUGCAUCUGGAAAAGGGUCGUUUCAAAGAUUUUGUGGAAAAUGAUGACAUUCAUAAGGUGUCUUGACGCUGAAGGAGCUCAGCACAGCCUUCUUUUCUUUCUCUCCUCAAGAAAAUCACUCUCUACCUGUUCAAUCUCAGACACAUUUCUUGGAAAAGUAGAAAGAGUAUUGUUAACUGUAAUGAGCAAACUGUAUUACAUAUUAACAUAGAUGCUGAAAGUCACAUCUUUUGACAAAUUGCUUAAAAUCAUUUAAUAUCUUGUAGAAUUAGAUUUUUGUAUUUGGUAUAGAUGGCAUGUUGCACUCUCUCUCAAAUUGAUUAAGUGUAAAUACUUGAUACUUGCUCACUAAAAUGAGAAUUUGGAUAAGGCCAGAGUUGGGAACACAUGUCAGAAACAUCUUCCAUCCAGCAAGAUUCAAUGAAUUCAUAGUUUUAUUUAUUGUACUUCAACUUCAGAUGUUGUAAAGAUAUUUAUCUCUUGUUCAUAGAAAAUUUGGAAUGCUUCUUUCUUCACAAAACUAUGAGUAAAAAUAAACCAAUUUUAACCAAAUGGGAUCAAGACUGAACUAAAGAACUCUGCCAAAGAUUGCAAUAAAAUUACUUCUAUACACAUACUAAUUAUAUGUUAGUUUGACUACAGAUCUGGACAACACUGUCAUAUUCCAAAUUUAUUAAAGUUAGAGGGUCAGUUUUGAAUGUUUAUGCAGUUUUAUUAAGUCAUAAGGUUGUAAGCCACAAUGUCUUUAAUAUUUUAAACACAAUCAUACGUAUAAUGUAAAAACGAUCAACACCAGUUUUGACCAUACAGUGGCCAUCUUCGCAUUCUGUGUCAUAGAUGGUAUUUGAUGAAGUGUUGUCACAAUAAAUCUGAAAACAAUAGAUGUUUGUGAAAAUUAGUUAUAUUCAAAAUGGCCACACUAUUAUUCUGUCAAUUAUUGUAAAUAUUUUAAUUUGUUUGUUUUUCUGUCGGUAUAAAAUGCAAUAUCAUUAUUGUACUUGUUCUUGGCAGGGCCAAGUACACUCUGGACAAUACCUAAUUCAUUAUUGUCAUUAUUAAGUAAAUCAUAUUUUUAGAUGGCUUAUUUUAUAAAUAACAUUAAAUCAAUCAGACAAAAUCUCAGUUACCCAAUUAUUUUUGUGUAUGUAUAUAUGUGUGUGAAAUAACGUUCAAAACAGUGUACAAAUAUAUAUUGUUAAGUAUUUUUAAUACUUGUCCGAAAGUAAAAUAUAAUACCUGUAAUGGAUAUUUUGUAUAGGACACAUUUUGUGCAGGAUGCCACAUGCAAAAAACCUGUUUGUGUGUUCAUUCAGAUUUAUCAUCUCUCUCUCUCUCUCUCUCUCUCUCUCUUUCCCUCCCUCCUUCCUUCCUUGCCCCUCCCCCCACCCCCUUACCCCCAUGUUUGUAUAACUGUCCCUGUCCCAGUCUCUCUUUAUUGACACAGAUGGAGGACAAUCUUUCACAUUUUCUAGUCAAUUUGAAUCAAAGUUAUAUUGAAAAUUAUAGCUAUUUUUAUUACAUGAGUUGUGUUCUAUUUAUAUAAUGAAUCUGUAUCAACAGAGAACAACAUUUGUUCAAUUGCUCUCUUAUUGAAAGACAGGUUACAUGUCUUUAUUCAAAUUUGUAUGUAUAACUGUUUCUUCCAAAUUGCAUAAAUCCUUACUCUUAUAAUUUUUAUGUGCAUUUGUAUUUUUAUAUUUUUUAAUUCUAAAAUGAUUAAUCUCUGGUAGCUAUUAAAUUUUUGCAAAUCA